CUUUUAAGUGCCAGAUGCCGUCUGUACGCGCGUUGGCAUGCCUGUCAUUCAGCCCUCGGUCCAUCCAGCUGUCACCGUUAUCGUCUUGCAGAUGCGUCGCCACCCAUCCACAUCUACAUCACAGGCACUGCAGUACACCUGUACACCGCACGAUGCUCUGUCCUAGUCCAAGAGUUGCUCCGUAGUCAGCAGAGUCUGUGUUCUAUCCAGCAUUUCAGCAGCCAUGGCAUGAUCCUCCUCAUGGCUGCUCCGUGAGCGCUACGCCAAGCAUGUGUUCAUCAUCGAUGAAUACAAGACCUCCAAGGUGGGUGGGUUGAAUGGGAUUGCAAUUGCUGACCUGCUACAACUGCGGGUGUCAGGAGAUGGCCAUCAAGCGGCUUGGGGGGCUGAAGGAGGGGCAGCGGCCCUGGUCGGUCAAAGUCUGCAACGACUGCUUGACGACCUGGAACCGCGACGUCUCCGCCGCCAACGUGAUCCGUGUGCUCCUCCUGCUGAAGCUGAUGGGCUUCGAGCGGCCGACCAAGCUGCAGCGGCCGCCAUGGCCGGCGGCGGCGGCGGGGCCGGGCUGAGAGCCUGAACGGCGCUAGCAGGGCGUAGGGCUGAGGGUGCACGUGUCGAUUGGCGGCGAGUGACGUGACUAGUUUGUUAGCUGCGGGUUAGCACGGACUGUGCACCGACCCCACCCAACCGGCCACGUCCGGAUUUGCGGGGAUGCCAAAGGCCCCCAACAUAGAGGCG